AUGUCUGCCUUCCUCGCCCGCCGCGCCACCGCCGCCCCGCGCUUCAUGCGCGCCUUCAGCUCGACCUCGCCCCGCGAGCUGGCCAAGAUCACCAUCGUCGGCAACCUGGCCGCCACCCCCGAGGUCAAGGCCACCGCCAGCGGCCGCGAGGUCGUCGAGUACGCCGUCGCCAGCAACUCGGGCCCCCGCGACAACCGCGUCACCAGCUGGUUCAAGGUCGCCAGCUUCGAGCCUGAGGGCCCGCGCCGCGACUACCUGACCAACCUGCCCAAGGGAUCUACCGUCUACGUCGAGGGCAACGCCGUCAUGAGCACCGUUCCCGACGCCAACGCCGAGGGCAAGUCGCGGUCGUUCCUGAACAUCUACCAGACCAACUUUGAGCUCCUGCGCCGGAACCACGAGGCUGAGGGCUCCGAAUAA